AUGAAAUUUACAAUAUUCUUUACAUUGGUAUUAUUCUUCUCUUGUCUUCAUCUUUCAUUUACUUAUAAUGAAAAAGAAAAUAAUGAAGAUAACUUGGUUCAAGAUGUUACUAGAAAAAGUCGUUUUAAUAAAAUUCAAGAAAGAAAAAAUAGAUUGGAAAAAGGAAAAAUUAAUAUUCUUAAUCAAGAAAAGGAUUCUGUUAUACCUCAUAUGGUUCAUAUUCAUGAACCAAUAAUUAGACCUAAAAGACAAUACUAUGGUUAUGGAUAUGGAGGUGGAUAUUAUGGAUGUGGAGGUAAAGCAGCAACAGGUAGUGGAGCAACAGGAUCACCAUCUUAUUAUGGAUAUGGUUAUGGUGGGUAUGGAGGAUAUGGUGGAUACGGUGGAUAUGGCGGUUAUGGUGGAGGAUAUUAUUAA